CUUUUACGGGAAGCUCCCGAGCAUCCUCCCCUGUCCCUUCACUCUUCUUCUUCUUCUUCUUCUUCUUCUUCUCAUGAACUCCGAGGAAACAAAUAGCUUCACGUCGCUCCUCCAAAAAGUCCAGAGAGAUCGCUGCUGCAAGAAUCCAUGGACCCUCAGCUCUACGAAGCCGCGAGAUCCGGGGACGCCUCGUUCCUCGAGAGGAUAGAUGGCAACUCCACUCUGCUCUCGCAGGUGACCCCGAAGCGAAACACGAUCCUUCACAUCUCGGCCGAGUUCAAGCAAGUCGACUUCUUCAAAGAAGCCACGAGGCUCUGCCCAUGGCUCUUCGAUAAGACGAACUCGAAGCAAGAGACCCCACUUCAGGUCGCAGCCAAAGUGGGCUGCUCCGAGCUGGUUGACUUCAUCGUUGACCGCGCCAGGAGGGCGUACCCGGAUCUUGAGAGCGAGGUUGGGCAUGAUGGGGGUCUCCAGAAAUUGCUCGGGAUGGUCAAUUUGGAGGGCGAUAAUGCGUUGCAUUUGGGCGUUAGGAAUGGGCAUUACUUGGUGGUGAAGUCGCUGGUGGAGGCCGACGCUGGGCUCUUGGACUGUGCGAAUUGCCCCGGCGAAUCGCCCUUUUACAUCGCCACGGCAAAGGGGCACGGCGAGAUCGCUGAGCUGAUACUGAGCCACUCCGGGAGUUGCUUCCCCGGAGGCACCAAUGGGAUGACUGCUCUGCACGCUGCUCUGUAUUAUCAGCUCAAUGGCACUAUGAAGAAGAUUGUAAAGAAAAGAGCAGACAUGAUACGAGAAGGAGAUGCCCUUGGCUGGACUCCUCUCCAUUAUGCUGCUCAUUUCGGCAAUGUCAAUGCUGUUCGAUUGUUCUUAAAGUACGACAGUUCAGCGGCUUAUAUCCCAGACAAGGACGGAGAAUCGGCCCUCCAUAUUGCGGCAUUUAGAGGCCGCACUUCCGUCAUGGAAGAGGUCCUAAAAGUUCGUCCCGACGCUUGCGACUUGCUAGACAACAAGGGAAGAACUGCUCUCCAUGCCGCUGUUUUAGGAGGGCAAGAGAAGGCCGUUCGGUUCAUUUUGGGGCUCCCGGAGCUUGUGGGCCUAGUGAACGAAGCGGACGAAGAUGGGAACACGCCUCUACAUCUGGCUGCCAUGUACAAAAAGUACAGCAUCAUCGCAAUCCUUGCUCGGGACAGCCGAGUAGACUUAAAAGCCAUGAACAAGAAGAACUUGACGGCCCUCGGCAUUUAUAGGAAAUAUCAAGAGAGUGGUUUUGCAGCUGCAAAGGUUUACUUCAUGUUGAAAGAGACCUACGGCGUACAAGACAUGCAAGCAUGGGUCAACACGAAUGUAAAGAAGAUGCUUAAUCGAGGACCCGAUGAAAUAGUCCCGACCGAGAACUUCGGCCACAAAGAGACCACUUCUCACGAAAAAGGCAACAUGCUGGAGAUCCACCUCCUCGUGGCGAUGCUCAUAGCCACAGUCACUUUUGCGGCUGCCUUCACAAUGCCCGGCGGAUACGACAAUACUGGACCGGACGAGGGGAUGGCCAGUCUCACCUCGAAUCUGGCUUUCAAGGCAUUCGUGAUUUUUGAUACUAUGGCAUUUUGCUGCUCGGUUGCCGCCGUGUAUCUCCAGUUCGGGACUUCCGGGGGGGGCUACUAUGAGCGAGCUCGGUUUAUAAAGGCCGCCAUGGUGUUCAUCUUCAUCGCUAUACUCGGGAUGGUAUUAGCAUUCGCAUCGGCAAUGUACAUAGUGCUGGCCAAGUGCAUUGGCCUUGGAUUGACAGCUUACAUUACGGCCGGCUGCUUUAUUGCGACAUUCUUUCUCCGGUGGUUCGUGGAUCCGUUAGGGAAGCCAGAUCUAGGAUUACGCCCAUUGAGGAAGUAUCUACGGAACUUGCUCUUUCGGUACGAAGUAAUCUAAGUAGCAUGUCUGCAAUUCAUAUCACACUUCCUAGUUUGUAAUUAUCGUUGGUUGGGUGAUGCAAAUCGUGUAAAUUACUGUGGUAA